UGUGGAUUAAAACAGUGAUUUUAACUUAAAACUGAAAAAGAUUGGAAACUAGCUUUGAGUAGACAUGAUGAUAUCUCUAAAUCCCCUGCCCCCACUUCCUUCCCUCCAAACCCCUAAUCUCAAUUCUACCCACUUCUCCAAACCCCUCAAAAACCCUAACUUCGGAAUCCUCAAUUUUCACCCAUUAUCAAAAUCACCUCUUUUUCUUCCUCUUUUCAAAAACCUCAACUUUAAGCUUCCAAAUCCUAUUACCCUCCACCCCAGAAACCGACUUUCUAGGCUUUACUGUAACCAAUUGAAAAGCACUGGAGAAGACACCAAGACAGUGGUUGGCUCCAGUGGCGGCGGCGGCGGUGGCGGUAAUGGCGGUGGUGACGACGAUGAUGGGGAGAUGGAGAAGAAGGAUGGACCAUUGCCAGAAUGGCUGAAUAUAACUACGGAUGAUGCAAAAACGGUUUUUGCGGCGGUCGCUAUUUCGCUUGCAUUUCGGUCGUUUGUGGCCGAGCCAAGGUACAUUCCUUCCUUGUCGAUGUAUCCUACGUUUGAUGUUGGGGAUCGAAUUGUUGCAGAGAAGGUUUCGUACUAUUUCAGGAAGCCUUGUCCAAAUGAUAUUGUGAUUUUCAAAAGUCCACCAGUUCUUCAGGAAGUAGGAUACACAGAUGAAGAUGUCUUUAUUAAAAGAAUUGUUGCCAAGGAAGGUGAUAUCGUAGAGGUCCGGGAAGGGAAGCUUAUGGUUAAUGGAGUUGUAAGGAAUGAGAACUUCAUUCUCGAGGCACCUUCUUAUAACAUGACACCAAUUCAAGUACCAGAGAACUCAGUCUUCGUAAUGGGUGAUAAUCGUAAUAAUAGUUAUGACUCUCACGUAUGGGGUCCCCUCCCUGCCAAGAAUAUAAUUGGAAGAUCGGUAUUUCGCUAUUGGCCUCCAAAAAGGAUUGGUGGCACGGUGUUUGAGGGUGGCUGUGCUGUUGAUAAACCGGCCAACAGUCCAGCUUCUUAAUAGAACUUAAGGCAUCAUCUAACCAGUGGGUGUAUCAUUUAUUUAUAUUUGUCAAUUUUUUCCCCAUGGUAUC